AUGAUGGUAAAAUCCAAUCAGAUUUCUAACCCAAGCAUAACUAUUAUGCCGAUUAAUUCAGAAAAUGAUUCUCAGCAGAAUAGCCGAGACGAUGCUGAAAAACAAUCAACUUAUCCAUAUACAGCGAUCAUUAAUUCUAAUGAAUCUGAAGAAAAACCAAUGCUUGAAUCAGAACGAAUUAACUCAACUGAGAGGAACAGAAGGCUUUUUAGAAACGUUCCAGUCCCAGACUCCCCUUAUAAUGAUGUGUGAAAACGGGUAUGAUUUAAACUGAAAGUAAUAUUUGUUCUGAGAGCUUUAUCUAAGCAUGUGCAUUUAUACGGACAUUUAUCAUCUCCUAGAUUAACUGCGAGGAUCAUUAGCAUGGAGCCACCAGAAAGAAAGCAAACGUUUAGCUUACAUGAAGUCCAAGUAAAAGAAUCUCUGCCCUUUAUGAUUAUACAUCCAAAUGCCAAGCCAAAAAUUAUUUGAAAUAUUAUCAUAGCUUUUGGGCUGAUUUAUUGUGUAACUGUGAUGCCUUUUACUAUGGCGUUUUAUGAAAGCAAUGGCUUUGAUUGCUGAUUCUAUAUCGAUAUGGCACUGAAUGUCAUGUUUUUUAUUGAUAUUGUGAUACAGCUUUUUAGUGCUUACUAUGAUACUGAUGGAAUACUUGUGUCAUCUAGGUUUAAAAUUAUCCUGAGGUACGUGACAGGCUGGUUUGCAAUUGAUGUUGUUUCUUGCAUUCCUUUUGGACUGUUUGGAGUUGGCAAUGAUCAGAAUGGCAGCUCCACGAAUAGCAGUAUGAUAAAACUUUUAAGGCUGCCAAAGCUGUAUAGACUUGCAAGGAUUACGAGGCUAGCUAAAAUGAUGAAGCAUUACAAGCACAACUACAUUUUUGAGAUGCUACAAGACUUUUUAAGUAUCAAGCACACUGGAAUGCGUUUAUUUCAGUCAUUUUUUACAAUAAUGCUAUGUGUUCAUGUUGUUUCUUGUAUUUGGUAUUAUUCUGCGAAAAUCCAAAAUUUUUCACCUGAUACAUGAGUAUUUCGAGGUGGGUACCUCGAUUCUGAUGUGCCAACACUUUAUAUUACUUGCAUUUAUUGAGCAGUAACAACAGUCUGCGGCAUCGGAUAUGGGGAUAUCACAGCUGUUACAGAUUUAGAGAUGAUUUUAUGUAUAUUCUGGAUGCUUUCUGCUCUUUAUUUUGUGUCAUUUACAGUUGGAAGUUUAUCAUCAAUGCUAAACGGCUUAAGCACAAAAGAAAAUGUCCUCACAAAUAAGCUGGCAGCCAUUGAUGAGUUCGCUACAGAAUCAAAGCUAACCAAAGGCUUAAAAUUUAAGCUGAGGCACGCACUUAAAUAUUCGUCAGAAAGAACAGGAUUUUCAUGGGGAGAUAAAAACAGCAUAUUUAACGAGCUUCCAAAGCAUCUCCGAUAUGAAGUUGCUCUCGCCAUGCAUCAUGGAGCAGUUAAAGAGCUUGUAUUUUUCGAAGAUAAAGACCCAGUAAUUGUAGCGUCAAUUGUCCCAUUUCUCCAGCCCAUGUUUGUGAACUUCAAAGAGUAUAUUUAUAAAAAAGAUGAAUUUGCGGAAGAAAUUUAUUUUUUGAUAAGAGGGCGCGUAAGCUAUAUUUGCUGGGAUGAAGCAGUCGUGUAUUCUGCUCAGAAAGGGUCUUAUUUUGGAGAUGUAGAAGUCAUAUAUCAAAUCCCAAGAAAAUACAACGCAAAAGCUAUAAGAAGCUCAGAAUUACUCAUUAUGGGGAAAAGCUUAAUAAGCACGGUUAGAAGGGAAUUCCCAGGAGUGUGAGAUGAAAUGACUGAGGUGGCUGAAGAAAGGGAUAUGCUCAAUGAAAAAACAGCGCUUGAAAUAAAAGAAUAUAACUCUAUGUCAAAAGAAGGCAAAUUAUUUGCUAUUGACCCAGCAAACUUUAAGGAUAAAAUUGAAAAAAAAUUGAAGAUGAAAAAAGCUGAAACUAUAAAAAAGCGAAUCACUGAAAUUGGGUUCCACAAAGUGUCUAAACAAAAGAAAUUGACACUUGGAGACUUGUAUACAAGGCUUGAAAGUGCCCAAGCUUAUCUUGGAAGCUUGGAGAAGCACGUUUCAGAUGUUGCUAAAAUAAUGGGGUAUAAAAAUGGUCAGCAAUCGCAGCUAAUUAGAAAGGGUUCUCGGCAAGAUUCUAUUCCAGACAAUUAUUCUUAUUUUGAGUCUGAUGAAGAAACACCAAGUGAAGAGCCUUUAAACACCUCAUAUAGCAUCCCUGAAUAG